AUGGCCUCCACGACUGAGCCUACAACAAGCACAGCAAGAACAACUGCUGAAACUACAAUGGCUACAGCCAUGACUACUGACGAACCCACAACUACAUCCCUAACAGAUAUGCCAGGCACUAGUGAAUCCACAGCUGAGACAACUGCUCUAGAAAUGACAACGGUUAUUAUGCCAACUACUAAUGGAACUACGACUAUGGCCUCCACGACUGAGCCUACAACAAGCACAGCACCGACAACUGCCGAAAUAACAACAGCUACAGCCACAACGAUUAACACUGAAUUACCCACAACCAAUGAAACUCCAACAACUACAACCAUAACAACAGAUGCAACUACGACUAUGGCCUCCACGACUGAGGCUACAACAAGCACAGCACCGACAACUGCCGAAACUACAACGAAUGUUAGAAAAUCAGAUUGA